ACACGCACACGUUACAGCGCGUGCCCACAAUGCAGAAACCGCGCGCCCUCCAAAAACAGCGAUUUAAUUCUGCAAAAGCGAACUCGCUGAUCCAAUCAAACGUCAUUGCGUCAGAGGCGCAGUUGUGUGCGUCAGGAGCGCCACAACGUGCAGAGCUGUGCGCGGAAUAACUGUGCAGCGUUAAUAACUAUAGUCAGAUACUUUAGCUGUCUUUACUGCAGCGCAACUUUUUAAAAUGUAGUUUUGUUUUUGUUUCCUGUCCCUUGGAGGACAUGUCUGCGCGCGGGCAGCCGGACCUGUCUCACUUUAGAUCAUUUCAGCUUUAAAUCCAGACCAAGUCAGCAUGGAGCCUCCAGCCGGCCCGGGACCCGGUCCGGUGGAGUUAGAGGUGACGGCGGAGAACGUGGAGUCGGCUCUCUACCAGCUCUACUUUGAUCCCGACAUGGAGCAUAAAAAUGUGGCCCAGAAGUGGCUGACCCAGGCCCAGUCCUCCGCUCAAGCAUGGCGGUUCUGUUGGGUCCUGCUCGGGCCAGACAAGAUCCCAGAGGUCCAGUUUUUUGGGGCCAGCACCCUCCACGUUAAGAUCUCUCGUCACUGGGGUGACCUGCUCUCAGUUCAGCACGAUGACCUCCGGAUGCAGCUUCUUUCUCAUAUCUUACACUUCUCCUCCGGGCCCAAAAUGGUGCUGACCCGUCUGUGUGUGGCCUUGGCCUCCAUGGCCCUGAACCUGAUCCCACAGGCCUGGUCCCAGCCAGUGGCAGACAUGGUAAAGGCUUUCCAGCCACAGAAACCUGACUCAGAAGAUGGUGCAAAGGCUUGUCAGGACCCCCACUCACACUGCAUGACUCUGCUGGAGCUUCUCACCGUACUUCCAGAGGAGUUCCAGAGCUGCCGUCUGGCCCAAGCACGUCGAGCCCAGCUGAGGGAUGCUUUAACGGGGGAGUGGUCUGUGGUGUGCACGGUCCUCAGACAGCUCUUGCAAAGCCAAGACUCAUCAGAUCAGGUAAAGGAGAAGGUGCUCCGCUGUCUGUCCAGCUGGGUUGGGCUGGAUGUGCCAUUAGGGGGAAGCCAUGAACUGGUCCAGGACUGUUUCAGCACACUGUCCAACCCGGCACUGUUUGGCACUGCAGUGGAGACGAUAGUUGACUCCAUCUCACAGCCUGACUGCCAGAGGUACGUUAACGCGCUGCUGAGCCUGAUGCCUCUGGUUCUCGGCCUCUACGAGCAGCUGAAGGCUGCCGCUCAGGACGGGGACAUGGAAACCUCUCACGGGAUCUGUCGCAUCGCUGUUGCUUUGGGGGAAACCCAUUCCAGGGUUCUGUUGGAGCAGUUGGACCACUGGCAGGAAUACCUGGCUCUGGUUAACAUGAUCCUGUUCUGUACGGGCAUGCCUGGACACUUCCCGGUUAAUGAGACCACGAGCUCCCUGACACUUACUUUCUGGUACACGCUGCAGGAUGACAUUUUGUCUUUUGACGAGGAAAAACAGGCAGUUUACCUUCAAGUCUACAGGCCAGUUUACUUCCAACUGGUGGACGUGUUGCUCCGUAAAUCCCACUACCCAUGUCAGGAGGAGUACACCUCUUGGUCCUCUGAUGACAAGGAGCAGUUCAGAAUUUACAGGGUGGAUAUCUCAGACACUCUGAUGUACGUUUAUGAGAUGUUGGGCGCUGAGCUGCUCAGUAACCUCUACGACAGGUUGGGCAGACAGCUGAUGGACCCCCAGCUGUCAGCGGUGUGGCAGGAAACGGAGGCUUUGCUGUUUGGUUUCCAGUCCAUCGCCGAGACCAUUGAUGUGAACUACUCAGAUGUUAUUCCUGGUCUCAUUGGGCUGAUCCCCCGAAUCAACAUCAGCAACGUGAUGCUGGCUGACACAGUCAUGUACACCAUAGGCUCUCUGGCUGAGUGGCUGUCGGACCACCCGGUGAUGUUGGGUGGAAUAUUACCCAUGGUGCUCCGGGGCCUGGCGAAGGCAGAGCUAUCUGUGUCCAGCAUCUCCACGCUGAAGAGGAUCUGCAGGGAGUGCAGGUCCGAUCUCGCGCCUUACGCUCAGGACAUCCUCUCGGUCUCGCAGGAUGUUCUGGUUCAAGAGGUUCAUAAGAGCAGCCAGUGCUCGUGGCUCAUGCAGGCCCUGGGUUUCCUGCUGUCUUCCCUGCCAGAGGAGCAGAUUUUGGGCCGACUGCUGUCUCUCAUCAGCCCUCACAUCCAGCAGCUAGGCUCACUGGUGCAGCAGGAGGCCAAUCCCACCAAUAAGCAGAACAUUGUGCACAUCCUGGGGAUGCUCUCCAGUCUGUUCAGCACACUGGAGACCAGCAGAUGUUCAGAUGGCUCAGAGGGAGCAGCCAGUCCCAGGCUCACACCAAACCCGGUCGUAGUGGUGCUGCAGCAGGUUUUUGCUCUGGUCCAGAACAUCCUCAGCAGGUGGCUUCAUGACUCAGAGGUGGUUGAGGCGGUGUGUGGAGUCUUUGAUAAAUCGGUUCGAACUCUCCUCCAUGAUUUUGGACCCAUGGUGGGUCAGCUGAGUGAGAUGUUGGGACAGAUCUACAGCACCUUCCCACAAGCCUCUGCUCUGGACCUGACACGUCAGCUGGUUCAUAUCUUUGCUGGAGAGGAACAUCACACCUCCAACAUCAGGAGCCUGGUCCAUGCGAUGACAUCAGCCACGCUCUCCAUUUUCCAACAAGAGCCCAGAGAGCAUCCGGAUGUAGCUGAAUCUUUCAUGCAUCUCCACGCUCAGAUUCUCAGGCGGCGUCCAGAUCUGUACCAGUCGGACCAGUUAGAUGUUAAAGCCCUGUUUUUCUGUGGGAUUUUAUCCAUGAAUUUCCCAGAGACACCCACAGUAAAAGCUGCCUGCUUCUUUUUUACAGAGUUCCUGAGCCGCUGUAAGGACAUGCCUGUACUUGAUGAAGUGUUGCAGCGGGACGGAAAGCUGCUGACGGAGACGCUUCUCCAGGCGAUCGGAGGCGGCUCCUCCAGCAGCCCGAUGGAGCAGUUCUCCGAUGUCCUUCUGGGUUUGAACAGACUCUGUCCAUCCCGGCUGUGUGAGUGGCUGGAGGAGAGCCUGCAGGCCCCAGGGUUCCCCUCAGUUCACGUUACCUCAGAGCAGAAACUCACCUUCACUCAGCAAAUCCUGAGGGGACAAACAAACAAGCGUGAGAUUAAGGAGAGCGUGAAGGCGUUCUCCCUGCUCUGCCGAGGCCUGCAGGGCUCUGGAGUCUCACAGUUUUAGGGUUUUGUUCACGCCAGCAGAUCUUCAGUGAGGUUCAAACCCCAAAAGCACUUCCACAGAAUAAUCUGAACCAGAGUCCAGCUCAGAGCUGGAGGAGACACGCUGCGUGGAUCUCAAGCCCUGUCCACACGUAGCCGGGGAUCUGCCAAAACGUAGAUAUUUUUCCACGUUUUGGCCUGUCAUCCACACGAAAAUGGAUCUUUUUUAAAACUCCGGCCAAAGUGAAGAUCUGCGUUUUCUCCGUUUUGGGUGUCUGCGUGUGGACAGACAAAACCGGAGUUUUAAGGUCCGCAACGUCACUUUCCGCGACAAAAAAUGCUGACAUCACGUGUGCGACCUGUGUUUACACUAGCCGACAGCAUGGAUGCCCUCAGAGCUGCGCUCGCUUUAUCAACUGUCCAAGCGCUUUUUGCUUGUUUGUUUUUGCAAGUGGAAUUACUGCUCCUUGCGGAAGACCACAGACGAAGGACGAGGUUAAGAACGGGGGAAGUACUGCCGCCUACAGGUCUGGCAUGUCCUUAACAACGUAUUUAUCCGGGUACGUGUGGACAGUUUUUUAAAACGAGGUGGUGUGGAUGCAAGUUUUUGGAGGGGCGGAUAUUCGUUUUUAAAAAUCCCGGCUACGUGUGGACUAGGCCUUAGAAAGACGCCUGGGUCUCAGUCCGGGUGUCCCCCGUGUUGUGAAUGAUGGUCAGGAGGCAAAACACCAGUCGGCAUGUUAGGUGCAGAUGUGAGCAGCUGUUCGUAUACUCAUUUAUUUUCCUCUUGUUGAUGUAAAUCAUCACCCCCCCCCCCCCCCCCAACAAAGGAGCCCCUCAUUAAAAACAUGACAUGAUGCAGCUCAGAAGGCUAAUACAUAAUAAAACAACGUCAUCACAUCCACAACAGAAAAGAGAAGCAGGCUUGUGUUUGGUUUUUUAUCGGUGUGGAGGAUCAUGGGACGUUUCGGCUCUGUCCUGUGGUCAAGUGUCUGAUGGAGGCGGCUGGGAGUGUUGUCAGUUGAUUCUGUGCGGUUGGGCCCUGACCCGGCGGGUUCAUCCUGGAGCGGCCCUCGCCCCAGCGCUUCACUACCGUAUCCUGGUGAACAGAUUCAGCACGGAUUUCGAUUCCUGGCAGCAGAGAAGGAAGUGAAAGAGUCCAAACUUAAAAACUAUUAGUUUGUGUAACAGACGGUAAUGGUUUGGGGGGAUUUCCUGUCAAACAGGAAGUGUUUGCGGUACCUUAGUGCAUCGCGUCUUACUGAAGACGUUCCAGAAACGUAGCGUCUCGUCUCCAGCUCCGGUGACGAUGGCCUCUCCGUCGGGGGACACGGCCUGAGAAAGGAACAGAGCCGACUAAUUAAAGCCAGCUGGUGUGUUUUCACUCAAAUACGUUCACGCGUUCUGGGUAGAGCUGGACACCCAGAGCUGCAACAUCCAGAUGUUCUAAACAUGUCCUGGGACCAGCUCGUUAUGGAUGCAGGAACCAGAACCUGGAGCUGCCGGAGACAUCGGGUCAGGACAAACGUAGAACACCUGGAUGUUUCUGAACCAGCUGACGUAGAAUCCAGAUCUUGAGAGGUAGUCAACAUCUCCUAAAGUUGUCUCACACUUCCCAGCUCAGAGAGACUAAAUGGAGACGACGCUCGCUCCGACUCUGCAGCUUUUAAAAAGCAAAAACGCUUUUCAGCUGCAGAACGCUGGGACGAGUUCAGGAUUCCAGCUACAGGAGAAAAGGUCAUGUGACUCGUGCAGAGUAAUGAGGAACUCUCACAAGCAUUUUGGGACAUGCUGGAAACGUCCUGGCCCAGCGAGACCCGGGCUCUGGAACGGCUGCGGUGUGGCGUUUACACUAGCCGACAGAUCUCUGAUUUGCUAAGUCAGCUUGAAUCUUUUCCUUUUGUUUAGAAGCGUGUGUUACGGUGUGUGUUACGGCGUGUGUUUCAGUGUGUGUUACGGCCCUGCGUGCUCCUUCCUUUUAAAACGGACUGGAAUAUUAAAUUGUUGCAGUUUCAUAAAAAAUUACGUGUGUUCACUCUUGUUGAAUAAAGGAAUUCAGAAGCUGAGACAA